AUGGUGUUGGAUUGUAAGUUGCCCAAGUACGUUUGCGAGGAAGAGAAUGUGGCCAGGCUGGAGAGGAAACAGCCGGCAACACUCCUGUCCCCCGCCACCCCCAAUGCCACCGCCAACCCGCAACGGAAGCGCACCAAGUCCACCAAUAAGAUCGAUGCCGUUGGUGUCCCCCCGGGGUUUGAGCGGCCUCAUAUUCCCAACGAGGACAUUGUUUGGCUGACUGACGCUUGUGGUGGUGAUUUCAAGAGCUGGGCCUAUGCACUUCAGGGCUCGACGACGGUCAUCUGCUUUUUUUGCGACACGCAUAAGGAGAGUAACGCCACCAUUUUCCGCACGAACUGGGAUCGCUCAGCUUACACCCGGCACGAGGCCUCCCACUCCCACAAAGCGGCUGUAGACCAGUACACACAGGAUCAGCAGCAACAGCAAACUGACAAGCACCUGGCCAUGACCGAGGUUGCCGACAAUCCCUUGUUGGCUCUGUUUUGUGGCGCAUACAUGGUCCUGUACCAAGCCAUGCCUUUCACUCACUUCCCGACGAUCUGUGAAUACAUGGACUAG